CCAACCCGUUAGGCCAAACUCACCACCGCCGCCCGUCCACAUCUUUCUCCUCUGCGUCCGGUCGAGCAUACGAGAAAAACAAUAUAAUAUAGUCGCUUCCCGCCACCAUGCGAUUCUCCGCCACCACGCUCCUCAUCACGGCGCUGGGAUGGAUCACCGCCGUGACCGCCCACAACAUCCAACUCAAGGCUCACUCGCGAGAAUGUUUCCACGAAUCGCUGCACAAGGAUGAUCGCAUGACGGUGACCUUCCAGGUCGGGGAUCGGGAAUUCGGCGGAAGUGGCAACUUGGAGAUUGAUUUCUGGGUCGAGGACCCCUCCAGUAACCGCCAGUACUACCGACAAGCCAUUUCGUCCGAAGAUUACUCGUUCGACGCCCACUCCGACGGCAAGUACGUCUACUGCUUUAGCAACGAGGGCUGGACCUCCAACUCCAAGGAAGUGUCUUUCAACGUCCAUGGAAUCGUGUACGUCCCGGAGUCGGAAAUGGAGCAGGAUCCUCUGGAGACCGAAGGUAAGAAGAACAGAUCCGGGGGAAGGAAAUCUUCCAACGGCAAGCAGCAAUGGAAGCAGCAUUGGCUAACGGAUCUUUCGCCAGUUCGUCGACUUUCGGAGGCAUUGGCCCAGGUCAAGGAUGAGCAGUCUUAUAUCGUGGUGCGAGAGCGCGUGCACCGGAACACGGCGGAGAGCACCAACGCCCGAGUCAAGUGGUGGAGUAUCUUUCAGCUUGCGGUGCUCAUUGGCGAGGGUAUUUUCCAGGUGUGGUGGUUGAAGAGAUUCUUCGAGGUGAGUGACCCUGGGGGUUUUGCCUUCGUGAUGCGGACGUAUGGCUAACAUUUUCCUUACAGGUUAAGCGUGUGGUCUAAUGU